AUGGAGCGAAUGGUCAACAGACGACUCAUGGACCUACUGGAGGAGCGUAAACUCCUGGAUCAACGGCAGUUUGCGUUCCGACGUGGAGCAGGAACAGGUGCCUAUCUCUCCAGCUUUGGAGAGGUGGUGCGUCAAUCCGUAACUGAUGGCCUGCACGCCGAUAUCGCCAUACUCGACGUGGCGAAGGCUUAUAAUACCGUGUGGCGUCACGGAGUACUGCAACAACUGGCCAACUGGAGAAUCACUGGAAACAUGGGCCACUUCUUGAGCGACUACCUAUCUAAUCGCACUUUUCGGGUGGGAAUCGGAGGUGCCCAAUCCGACACCUUUCCGGAAGACAACGGGGUUCCCCAGGGAUCAGUCAUCGCCGUCACACUGUUCCUGGUAUCCAUGAACUCCUUAUUCGCCAGCCUACCGGCGGGGAUCUACGUGUUCGUGUACGCUGAUGACAUCGUGCUGGUCGCGACGGGAAGGACCACCAUACGUACCCGCCGCAAACUUCAGCCGCCGUAA